CACCACACCACCACUAACGCCUUCAGCUGCCUGGCUUCCUGGGGGAGGGACAACCGUCUUACGGCUUUCCAUGACGUGGGUCCUCUGCUGGGGCUAAGGCUGUGGGUGAGGCGACACUUCCUGCCCCCUGGGGCCGAGGUGAGGGAGAAGAUGAGCUGCUGAGUGUGCUCAACUUUCCAGAGCACAGACACACACCCUGUUCCAGGGGCUCCCCUUCUACAGCUGCCCCCAUGGAGUUCCCCUUGGCUCAGAUAUGUCCCCAAGGGAGUCGCCAAAUCCCCAGCCCAACCUUCAGCACCUUUCUGCCCACGGACUUGACCCGCAGGAGCUGCCAGGGCCUGGGUCUGCUCUCGCAACCGAGAUCCCAGGCCUUGGAGGCUGAGGAGGUCCAGCCCAGCCCCAGGGCUCUGGCUAUCGAGGCUCCGGUGAGUGGGCACUUGGGGGGUUGCAGCCCCCCAUCUGCUCCCACCCUCCCACAGGUGUCUCUCCAGGCCCAGGGGACUGCUUCCAAUCCAGAGGGUGCUGGAAAGGCUGAGGAGGUACCUGGGGAAGGAGGCCUGAACCUGCAGGCUGAGACCCGGGCUUGGUUCCAGAAGACCCAGGCGCACUGGCUCCCACAGCACGGGGCAGCCCCUGCCUGGUUCCACGGCUUCAUCACCCGAAAGGAGGCCGAGAGACUGCUGGAGACCAAGCCCCAGGGAUGCUACCUGGUGAGGUUCAGCGAGAGCGCCGUGGCCUUUGUGCUGACUUACAGGAGCCGGACUUGCUGCCGCCACUUCCUGCUGGCCCAGCUCCGAGACGGGCGCUACGUGGUGCUGGGCGAGGACAGCGCCCACGCACGGCUGCAGGACCUGCUGCGACACUACACAGGGUCCCCGCUCAGCCCCUAUGGGGAAAAGCUCACAGAGCCCUGCGCGCGACAGCAGACUCCUGAGCCCAUAGGACUUCCCUUGAGGACUGAAGAAACAGACUCUGGAAGCAAAACCCAGGACCCAGACCCCCACUAUAGCACAGUCCUCAAACAGGGACAUGCCCCCGCCCUACUGAAGAAAGAGGGUGCCGGGGAGUCAAAGGAGCCCUCCCAGCAGCCCAGGCCUAAGCCUCCCAUCCCAGCCAAACCUCAGCUGUGCCCUGAAGUCUACACAGGCCUGGCUCCACGACCCCGCCCGGCCCCACCCCGUAAGCCCUCCAAUCCUAUCUACCAUGAGCUCGAUGAGCCCAUAGCCUUCUACGCCAUGGGUCGGGGCAGCCCCGGGGAAGCCCCCAGCAACAUUUAUGCCGAGGUGGAGGCGCCCUCAAGAAGUGAGGGACCGCGGUCCACCAUGGGGCACCAAAUCCUACGGAAAUGCCAGUCCAGGCCUCUCCCAGGAAGCCAGAAUCCAGGUGGUCCGCAGCUGCAUUCUGAGAGCUCUGUGGCUGGACAAGGCCCUCCCCUGCCUCUCCAGCCCCCACCCCCCCGGGGACACACCCUCCCGCACAACGUUCCUAGACAGGUGCUCCGGGACCAGGGACAGGCAUGGCUCCCCCUGGGACCUCCUCAGUAGCUGGUGAGUCUGAGUUGGGGGAGGAUAAUUUGGAAUAUCAGAUCCAGAGACCUUCACACACAUCGGGGCACCCUUGUCAGGAAAUGUGAAUGGAACAAACCGCAGGUGAUCAGAGCUGGAAAGGACCUCAGCCAUCAUCUGUUGCAAGGAUGGCAAAGAGGUGUCACCUUGUAUGCCAACUCCAAUCCAUUUGUCCUGGCUGCCUAGAGUGCUGCACUGAAAAGAAUGUGAAGGUCAUAUCUGAACUCAGCAGAAAAGAGCACCGUGAUUGAUUGGUGAUGUCUGCCGUGGAUGAGGGAGGGAGAAGGAGCAGCAGCACAUUUGCCCUUACUGGUCAAGUCCCUCACUGUGCAUAUAAGGAAGUAAAGCCCAGAGAAGAAGAGUGACUUGGCCAAGGUCAAGGACUAGAAUCCAGGCUUACUGAUUUCCCUGUUUAGUGCUCUAUUCCUUACCCCACUUCACUAACUCUUCACAGGAAACAUCAGAGAUUUUCUCAGAUGGGAAACCUGACUGCUUUUCAGAGUGCUGCCACAGGGGGGCCUAGACACUGGGUGCCCUCCUUUGGAUCCCAGGCUUAGCCCUUUCCCCUGGCAGGUCUGGGUCCCCCAAAGAAGUCUGGAGGCCUGAGGAGCAAAUGUGAGGUCCAUUUCCUCUUGGGGACACAUCUGCUCGUUCCCUCUUGAGAGUCUCCAGGAAUCCGAUGGCCCAGUGCUUGGCAGUCCUCUAAGAUGGCGAGGAAGUGGGCUGAGAGGGCCCUGCUGGCUCCUGCUGCCCUGGUUUCUCCUCCUGGAGUCUCAUUUCCUUGGCCCUCUGAGCCUUCGAGGCUGGGCCCUGGUCCAAUGCUGCUGUUGUCUGAGGAAUGGUUCGGUGAGAACAGAUGUUAGAACUUGUUUGUUGAUCUUUGUCUGGCUAAUAAAUCAUCACCAACCACCUCCCCCCACAGGGGUCCAAGUGCUCCAGGCUUCUGUCUCUGUGUCUGGCGCUCUGUCUCUCUCUCUCUCUCUCACUGUGGAAGGCAAGAAGUUGAACUGCCAUUGCACUAGGGGGAGAGGGGCCUGGGGUUGAGAGACACCUGAAUAGAUAGGGUCACAGAUCUGUGGAAUGGGGACUGGGAGACACCAAGGCAAGGGACACAGACAUCAC